CAAUUAAUCCAUUGUAUGUAAAUUUAGAAGGAUAGUUCAUUGUAGGUACCGUCGCGGGUCUCGUGGUUACUGGACAAACACAAGCUGCUAAAACCAGGUCGAUAACGAGAAGCGGAGGAAUUGUGUCUUGUCAAACAAAAUCGAGAUUCGAAAGCGAUCGAUUCAUCGAUCAAUCAAUAAGACGGGAAAGAGGAUGGAAGAGGCGGCCUCAUCAUCAAAAGUAGGCAACGCCAAGAAACGGCCAAGGGAGGAAGAAGACACAGUUUCCGGAACCGAAGAAUGCUCUCGUCAAACUCUCUCCCUUGAGGAGAAUUUGAUUUUUAGCGAUACUUUGGUCGCUCUUCGCAUAAUGCGUGCUCAAUUUCCUCGUAUCGACAAGGUCUCAAUUCAGCCUUUUAUUCUGCGUUCUCAAUUAUAUAGCAGCAUAAAGGACAGAACACAGGUGGAUAGGGAACUAGAGACAUUCAGGAGGGAGAAAGUUCUGCGAAUAUUCAAACUGAACACUGGACAAGACGAUCAUGCCAUAAUGUUUAUGGAUGACUAUUUGAAUCAGGCUGAGAAUGUUAUCAAACGAGUGGAAGCAAAGAAGCAAGAUGUUCUUGCAGUUUUUGAGUGGUUCAAAGUGCAUGUUAUUCCAUUCAAGCUGGAUCCUAGCAUUGGACAUGAAGAACUUUGUUCACUUCUGUCAUCAGGGGGAAACGUGAAAGAUCAAGACAUCUCUCUCUUAAUCAAUGCUGGCCUCCUUACCAGACAACUUAUUGAUCCAAACAUGUACUGGUUUGCGAUUCCAAACAUUGGUUCAGUACUCAAGGGCCUCUCUCAGGGACGUAAGGAACUGCUCUCUUUCCUGAACCGUAGGAAAUACAAAGAAAUGAUGUUGUCUGCAUUGGAGAAGAAGCGCCUCCGACUGUCUCCGUUGGAUAUGAGAUUCCAUCUCCGUGAUCUGAUUGGUUCAGGUCUACUCAAAACUUUCCAGACUCCCAGUGGCUUAGUUGUUCGUGUUGUAAAAGAUUAAACCCAGAGCUGGAGUUUCUCCCUGGAUUAGAAGAGCCGAAAGAAAAGAAAAGAAGUAGAAGAAGAGUGAGUCUAAUCUGAUGAUGGAUUUCUUCUGUUAAUUAUGCGGUCUAAAUCUAAUUGUGUUAAGCAUAUCCUUGACCUUGAGCUUUAUUACCAGAGCAGAAUACAAAGAACUCUUUGGCUGCUCCUUGUUUUCCUAUCAACAGUUAAACUAGAACUAGUGGAUUUUUUUUUUAAUUAUUUCUUUAAAUUCGAA